UAUUCUGGCUUUGAAACCAAGAAGAGCAACUCGAUCAGCAUCUGAGCAAAGUAUAGGAGCUUUUGACUCUUCUUGGGCUAGGGCUCUUGAAGACAGAUCAAGGAAUGACAGAUCAAGGAAUGGAAGAAUGAUAAAAAGCCUGAAAACCCACGUCAGACUCUGCAUUUUGGGAAAUGGGUUUCGAUCUUGA